UUGUUUCCCUUCAACGUGACUUUACCGAAAGAGCUAAGAAUAUGAAUUACUGCAGUCACGAAAGCUUUAAAUCAAAAUUUAGGGAGGGGGUCGUUUAGGGUCACGCUCCCCGCCGUUGCCUCAGCAACGACGGCGUCGAGGCGGAGUCUGCGCCGGUGUCGCUCCUCGGUCGUUUCCGUCGCCACGGGCGAGGCGGAGGGGGGAGGCUGCCGGGACUUCACCUGGGGUCGAACCCCACCGGCGAUUGAAGUGCUCGCGGGCACACGUGACUGCAUUGACUGGAGUGUCCUGCUCCCAUUGCCAAGGCUUGGCUGCCCGACUAUGGUGGGGAAGAUCAAAAAGAGCGGUGCAAAUGCGAGGCGAGGAAAAGGAGGUAAGGCAGCAGGAGCGGCGGACGCUGGCGUCGUGCUGAAGAGAUUCCUGCGCACGUACGACAAGCACUGCGCCGCCACGGAGAGCACGCCCAGCGCGCCACUGCGCCUCGUCCUGAAGGCGCACGCUGACGCGGGUACGCUCGUCAACAAGUUUGUUGUAGCACAAGCAGACGGGAGUAUCGGGCCCUCAGUCCUGCUCCAGCCUUUGCUUUUGACCAUCCGAGAUGAGCGCUACAUGCAAGGGAAGGAACUCUGCGUCUUGGACGUUCCGCUCACCAACCAGGACAUCGCUGAACUGUCCUUGCUCCUGGAGAUGCGGGGCAAGACGUGGUACCCGUUUGCACGUCUCGUGCUGUCCGACUGCGCGCUGGACGUGUGGUCGAUGGGGCGGCUAGCUCGGGCCCUCAGGACCAGCAUUCUAACUCACCUGCAUCUCGACUACAACAGGAUUGGAGACACCGGUGCCCUUGCACUGGUCCAGGGCUUAGCCGGAAAUGCCCAGAUGCUGUCCCUGAGCCUGUGCUACUGUGGGCUGGGCCCGCCGAGCGGCGCACCCCUGGCCUCCCUCGUCACCAGCACCGCCAUCGUCGAGGUGUAUCUGGAUGGCAAUGACCUGCGAUGCGAAGGGGCGACGGAGCUUGUCCGGCCACUCGUGGAGCACGCGGAGCGUGUAGCUGCCACUCGUCCGCGCCUGGAUGUCGGGGAUGGUGAAGACCUGGCCAAGCAGCUGCUUGAUGCACCGGACAAAUCGGGCGUGCGGUCAGCUGUGUCGCUACUGGACGAGGGUGAGCAGCCGGCGCAGGUCCCUGUCGACCCCAGCGGCAGCUCCAUCGCGAAGCGGAAGAAGUCUAGGAGAGGGGCUCGGAGGAAGAAGAAGGGCCCUGAGAAGGCUGAGGUGGGGCCCUGGCUGCGCGAGCUGCACCUGUCAGACAACGGGAUUGACGGGCUGGGCGCAGGCAGACAGACGGCACCGCUCGACUUCUCGAUGUUGCUCGCCAGGUUGAUCCGCCUGUCAGACGCCCUGCAGGAGCUUGACCUGGACGACAACGACGUGGGGGAGCUCGGAGGACGGCAGAUCCUGGAGGCGCUAAAGCAGCGGAAGGAAGCAAAGCGGCUGCCCAUCAAAAUGAGGGUGACCGCACGGAUGAGCCCAGACACAUUCAGCGCCAUCCUCAAGUACAGUGGGAAGGUGAAGAAAGCCAGGAGAGGCAAGAAGAAGAAAAAGAAGUGAACGGCGUUUCUACCGUCGCAGAAACCUCCACAGGAAGUGCUGCUGCACAUGUUUGUGGUGGUCACGCUCACAGUAGGUUUGACUGGUCGGUGUCCCUUUUUAGAGUUGUACAUUUCUAUUUUUAUACACGUGUAAGAAUAUUGCAGUCUGAAAAUGUGAAUCCAAGCACUUUUACCAGUCCUAAACUUCUUCAUGUACCUGCACGGCCUCUGUAGAGGAGCCAACAUCCGGUGUUUCAAUGGUGUCAAACAGUGCACCACCCUAAUUACGCCACGGAAUGCUGGCGGCGAUAAAAUAACUCUGACUGUGUCUGUAGCCAUGUGACUGCGUAACUCAAGACUGUCUUUAAAAAUAUCAGUUCUCGAUGUGCCUUCCAAGUAACACCAAUGAGUAUUGGUGUUACGCACUGAAAAAUCUGCGGUUGUUGUGAACGGGACACACAUAGUAUUCCCGAGUAUAUGUUUCAGGCUCUACCACAAUUAUGGUGAUGUUUACAUGUUUUUUUAUAGCUUGCAGGGGAAAUAAAAAUGGGGUUAUUUUUUUAUAAUCGCCGGUUAAGAGUGCACAGAUUGCAGUGUAGCUUGUGGACUUUAAUAAAAAGCAAUAAAAUGUAGUUGAAAUGAAGGGUGAAGGAUUUACACAGCACAAAGUUCAGCUUGUCUUAUAGCCUAGUGAAUAUAAUUGUUUUUUCAUAUUUACAAACAUAUCGCACAUAUCAACACAAUGCAUUGAUGGUGAAUCGCAAUUGUGUACUGUAGGGAUGUGUUUAAUAUUAAUCUGAAAAAUCUAAAUGUCAGCCUGCAAGCCAGGUCUGAGCACCUUGGUGUCAUUUGGGCUGGAAAUAUAAAUGAAUUGCUGGCGGAACUCACAAAUUAAUCAUAUCCCAUCUCUACAUCUGAACUGUACCCCCUCUCUACAUCUGAACCAGACCCCCUCUCUACAUCUGAACCAGACCCCCUCUCUACAACUGAACCAGACCCCCUCUCUACAACUGAACCAGACCCCCUCUCUACAUCUGAACCAGACCCCCUCUCUACAACUGAACCAGACCCCCUCUCUACAACUGAACCAGACCCCCUCUCUACAUCUGAACCAGACCCCCUCUCUACAACUGAACCAGACCCCCUCUCUACAUCUGAACCAGACCCCCUCUCUACAUCUGAACCAGACCCCCCCCUCUCUGCAUCCCCAACUGAGCCUGAUCGAAAGGGAGGUGCUGGGUGGAUGUGAGCAUUGACGAAUAAAGAAAUAAAAAUCGCCUAUCUCA